UCUCUAUAAACAAACAUUCAUCUCUCCCAUCUUCAAAACCCUCCAUAUUCUCUCUCUCUCUCUCUCUCUCUCUCUCUACAGACAUUCAUAUUCAUAAAAAGUUUCACUAUAUUGGAGACACAAACACCAGAAACAGAUGUUGUUCAAGAUGGAAAGAAGAGUGGUAUACUUGGAAACAAUGCUACUAACUUUCAUUGCCGUUAUCUCAGCCGUUAGUUGCUGCUCGCCGUCGGACCGGGCAGCCUUGUUGGCCUUCAAAGCCGGCCUAAACGAACCCUACUUGGGCAUCUUCGACUCGUGGACGGGCACCGACUGUUGUGCGAAUUGGCACAGUGUUAGCUGCGACCCGGAGACCGGCCGGGUUGCUGACAUCAGCCUCCGGGGAGAGUCUGAGGACCCGAUACUAACCAAAUCGGGCAGAACCGGUUACAUGACCGGUACGAUCUCCCCGGAGAUUUGCAAGCUCGACCGCCUUACCAAUUUCAUCCUCGCUGACUGGAAGGGAAUCUCUGGCGAGAUUCCGAGUUGCCUAACCUCUCUCUCCUCUCUCCACGUCCUCGACCUAAUCGGGAACCGGCUCACGGGCAAGAUCCCGACGGACAUCGGGUCUCUGACUCGCCUCACAGUUCUCAACCUCGCAGACAAUGCCCUAACCGGGAAAAUCCCAGAGAGCAUUGUCAGUAUCAAGGGACUCAAGCACAUUGACCUCAGCAACAACCAACUGACCGGAGAAAUCCCGGUUCAAUUCGGUCAGCUCAAGAUGCUGAGCCGGGCCUUACUGAACCGGAACCGGUUGACCGGGCCCAUCCCAAAGUCUAUCACAAGCAUGGACCGGUUAGCCGACCUCGACCUAUCCAUGAACCAGAUAUCGGAUUGGAUCCCGGAUCAAAUCGGAAAAAUGCGGGUUCUCUCAACCCUAAACUUGGACAGCAACCUCAUAACGGGUAAAAUACCUCCGACCCUAUUGAGCUCGGGUAUGGGAAUUCUCAACUUAAGCAGAAACGCAUUGGAGGGAAACAUACCGAAUGUUUUUGGGCCACAUUCCUACUUCAUGGCAUUGGAUUUGUCGUUUAACAACUUGAAGGGUCCAAUUCCGGGUUCAUUGUCGUCGGCGAAGUAUAUAGGACACUUGGACAUGAGCCACAACCAUCUUUGUGGGGCCAUCCCAGUCGGAUCACCGUUCGAUCACUUGGAAGCGUCGUCGUUUGCAAACAAUGACUGCCUCUGUGGGAACCCUCUCAGGACCUGUUGAUUAUGAUCAUGAUCAUGAUGAGCAUUAUGAGUAUUGGAAAAUAAUAUUGACAGGUUUAUGCACGUGAUCAAGAUCAACAGAGCAGCAUAAACUUGAGAAAAAGGAUAAAUUAAUUGUUAUAAGAUAAUUGGUGAUCAGAAAAUAUGGUGAUCGUCUGAUCGAUCUGAUUAUUUCUAUAUUAUUUGCGUGGGAAAUUGGAAUCUUUUUUUUCUUCUUUUUCUUUUCUUUAUGCUAAUAUAA